AUGGCUGCAAAAGUGGUUCCUAUGACCCCAAAACCAAAGCAGUCCUUUAUACUGAGAGUUCCUCCCAACUCCAAGCUGGGCUAAGACCUACUUUGAGAUGCUACUGGUGGGCCCAAGACCAUUCAUCAGCUGGUUCUGGAGCACUUCCUCACCUUCUUGCCCAAGUCAAGCCUAGUCCAGCCCAGUCAGAAAGUCAAGGGGACCUUGGUUAUUGUGAAGGAUGUGAGCUCAAACCUUCAGAACAGAGUGCAACCUCGUCCCUUAGUGAAGCUUCUACCCAGAGAAGGAAUCCAGCAGAAACAGGAGACAGUGUCUCUGUGUUUGAAAGCUGAGUCUGAGGAGCUGGUGGUCUUUGAGGAUUUGAAUGUAUUUCACUCCCAAGAAGAAUGUGUAAGCCUGGAUCCUGCUCAGCAGCCCACCUCAGAGAUGGAAGAAGACAAUAUUGGGGAGAUGAUGUUAUUGGUCAGUAACAGUAAUCCAGAGGGUGAAGAUCUUCAGAAGGAACCUGUAGAGAAUAAAGAUCAUAGAGAAAAGUCUCCAGAUUGUGAUGAAAUGGAUUGUUCUGUGGUCUCUGAGCAACCUCCAGAUUGCCAAAAAGAAGAAAGACUAAAUGGAUCCAUUCCAAAGGAAGGGAAAAUGAGAAAUCUUUUAGUUACCAUAGAAAAUGAUACUGCAUUAGAGGAACUCUCAAAAUAUGUGGAUAUCAACAUUAUCGCACUUACCAGAAAUAGGAGAACAAGAAGAUGGUAUACUUGUCCAUUGUGUGGGAAACAAUUUACUGAAAGUUCUUACCUUAUUUCCCACCAGAGGACUCACACUGGAGAAAAACCCUAUGAUUGUAGUCACUGUGGGAAAAGCUUCAGUCAUAAAACGAACCUUAAUAAACAUGAGCGAAUUCAUACAGGAGAGAAACCUUAUUCAUGUUCUCAGCGUGGGAAAAACUUUCGUCAGAAUUCUCAUCGGAGUUGCCAUGAAGGAAUCCAUAUAAGGGAGAAGAUAUUUAAGUGUCCAGAAUGUGGGAAAACCUUCCCAGGAAACAAAGAAUUUGUGAUUCAUCUGCAGAGUCAUGAGGCUGAGAGGCCAUAUGGUUGUAAAAAGUGUGGGAGAAGGUUUGGUCAGCUGUCAAACUGUACCCAGCAUGAAAAAAUCCACUCAGCAUGUAAGACCCAAAAAGAGAAGUGGGAUUGGGAAAGGUCUGAUGGUCCUGCCUCAACCUGA